UCACCCUGGCCCGCUGGGCACCCCGUCCCAAUUUCCAAGACUCGAAGAUAAUGACGAUCCGCCGGACCCGAACGUCUCGGCCCAAACUCUCCGUUAAAAUUCACUGUAACAGCGAAAAUUGCCACCACCUUUCUAAAGCAGGAAUCUUCGUCAAUCGUCACGGCGAGACGUUGAACAAUUUUGGCGGUAAAAAGCCAAUCCCAACAUUAUGACCUGUCAAAAUUUAAUUGGCUAACCAUGUAUGCCAUGUUCAUGUGCAUGUCCAUCAUGAUGUCAUGUUGGUUAGUUUUCCCGCGCUAAAGAGAAAGAUCCUUCCUUGAUAGGAUUUCCACAAAAAGAGGCCCACAGUUAAGAGAAAAAAAAUAAGGAAAAAUGAGAAGGAAAAAUUCAGGGUUCUUCUUGUUCUUAACUAAAACAUAAAUAAAAAGAAAAGAAAAUUCUUUUUUUUUAUUCUUUCUACUGGUUUUUCUUCUUCUCGAUCCGUUAAAACGCUGUGUUUUGGAGGGAGGAUUUGAAGCUAGGGUUUUCUUCUUCACUGAAUCUGUAGAUCCGAGAUCCGAAACGAAUUUCUAGCUCAAAUUUUGGAAUUGGAAUCUUCAAUUUUAAAAAAUUGAUAAUUUUUAGAUCAGCCGCUAGGGCUAUUUCGAAGAAAUAUGGAAGACGUGAAGCCUUCAGUUACAACUUCAAGCAACGCGGAUGGCGAUGCCAUUGAAGCUAGAUUCACUGCUUUGUGUAAGAAUGAUUUAUCUUUGGAUGAGAAAACUUGCACGGAAGCUAUGAAGCUCUUCAAAGAAACCAAACACCUUAUAUCGUCAAAUGUUUUGGCAAUUGGAAGCGGGACGCUGGAAGAAGCAGAGCGAUUUUUGUUUUCAUUUGUUUUAUAUUCGCUGAAGCGGCUAAGUGAAAAGCGUGGAGAAAAUGUGCAACAAGAGUCUGGUGAAAGUGGGUUUACAUUAUGGCAGAUAUUGAGAGCUACAAAGCUAAAUAUCGUGGAUUUCUUUAAAGAGUUGCCUCAGAUUGUGGUAAAAGCUGGUGCUGGUUUAAGUAACAUGUAUGGUGAAGAUUGGGAGAGUAGACUGGAGGCAAAGGAGAUGCAGGCCAAUUUUAUGCACUUGAGCCUUCUAAGCAAGUCAUACAAGCGUGCAUUUUGGGAACUCUUCUUGACAAGUGAUGCAAAUAUUGACAAGAAGCAAAAUCCUACCCGUGCUUCUGAUUAUGUGUCAGAGUACCAUCGUUUUGGGUGGUUACUGUUUUUGGCACUCCGUGUGCAUGCAUUCAGUCGUUUUAAAGACCUAGUGACUUGCGCAAACGGUUUUGUUUCUAUACUGGCUAUUCUGAUUAUACAUGUUCCAAUUCGCUUCAGAAACUUCAACAUCAGUGACUCUCCACGCUUUGUUAAGAAAAGUGACAAAGGUGUCGACUUGCUUGCAUCACUGUGCAACAUGUAUGAUGCUUCCGAAGAUGAUUUGAGGAAAACAAUGGAGAGGGCCAAUAAGUUAAUAGAAGAUAUAUUGGAAAAAAAGCCAUGUCCAGCAUCUGAAUGCAAAACUGAAACACUGGAAAAUAUUGAUACAGAUGGCUUGAUCUAUUUUGAAGGUUUAAUGGAGGAACAAUCUCUUUCAUCUAGUUUGAAUAUUUUAGCAAAAGAUUAUGAUGAUGCAAUUCAUAAUAAAGGUGAUCUGGACGAGAGGGUGUUUAUAAAUGAGGAAGAUAGUUUACUUGGUUUAGGGAGCUUGUCUGAGGGUGCUGUGAAUGUUACUGGCAUCAAGAGGAAAUUUGAUUCAAUAGCUUCACCAUCAAAGACAAUCUCAAGCCCACUGUCUCCUCAUUGUUCUCCUGCUUCUCAUGCAAAUGGUGUUCUUGGGCCUCCCAAUGCAAAGAUGGCAGCUACACCCGUCAGCAUUGCAAUGACAACUGCGAAGUGGCUUCGUACUGAUAUUUGUCCACUUUCACCAAAACCCUCAGCCGAGUUGCAGCGCUUUUUAUCAUCCUGUGAUAAAGAUGUUACCAACGAUGUGAUACGAAGGGCACAUAUAAUAUUGGAGGCAAUAUUUCCAAGUAGUCAUGAAUGUACUGGAAGCCUUCAAAGUUCAAACCUGAUGGAUAAUAUAUGGAUGGAACAACGAAGACUAGAAGCACUUAAGCUAUACUAUAGGGUUUUGGAAGCAAUGUGUAUUGCGGAGGCCCAAAUAUUACAUGCACCUAAUUUGACCUCUUUAUUAACUAAUGAGAGAUUUCACAGAUGUAUGCUUGCUUGUUCUGCUGAACUAGUGCUAGCGACACAUAAGACUACCACAAUGUUGUUUCCUACAGUUCUGGACAGAACUGGUAUUACGGCCUUUGAUCUAAGCAAGGUGAUAGAGAGUUUCAUUAGACAUGAGGAGUCUCUACCAAGAGAAUUGAGGCGGCAUCUAAAUUCUCUGGAAGAGAGGCUUUUGGAGAGCAUGGUGUGGGAUAAAGGCUCCUCAAUGUACAAUUCUUUGAUAGUUGCAAGACCUGCCUUAUCUGCUGAAAUAAAUCGUCUUGGCUUAUUGGCAGAACCAAUGCCAUCUUUGGAUGCAAUUGCGAUGCAUAUCAACUUUUCUGGAGGUAUGCCUCUGGUGCCUUCUUUGCAGAAGCAUGAAAAAUCAUCGGCUAAUGUUGGUAGCUCCACAUUAGGUCAAAAUGGUGAUGUCAGAUCUCCCAAGAGACUAUGCACAGACUACAGGAGUGUUUUGGUUGAACGGAACUCUUUUACAUCACCAGUGAAAGAUCGUCUAUUAGCAUUCAGCAACCUUAAGAAGGCUCCUUUGCAAUCUGCGUUUGCCAGUCCAACACGCCCUAACCCAGGUGGUGGAGGAGAAACAUGUGCGGAAACAGGAAUAAAUAUAUUUUUUAGCAAGAUUAAUAAGCUGGCUGCUGUCAGGAUUAAUGGAAUGGUUGAGAGGCUACAACUGUCUCAACAGAUUAGGGAGAGUGUAUAUUCUCUUUUUCAACAGAUACUUAGCCGGCGGACUUCUUUGUUUUUUAACCGUCAUAUUGACCAGAUCAUCCUUUGUUGUUUCUAUGUAGUUGCAAAGAUUUCUCAGUUGCGCCUGCCUUUUAAGGAAAUUAUUUACAACUAUAGGAAGCAACCACAAUGUAAACCACUAGUAUUCAAUAGUGUAUUUGUUGACAGGUCAUCAGCUCGACGGAAUGAGAGAACAGGGCAGGAUCAUGUUGAUAUUAUUGCAUUUUACAAUGAAAUAUUUGUUACUGCUGUAAAGCCUUUGCUGGUAGAACUUGGUCCUGCAGGAACAACUACAAGAACGAGCAGGGUUCCUGAAGCUAACAAUAGUAAUGAUGGUCUGUGCCCUGGAUCACCUAAAGUUGCUCCUUUUCCGAGUCUCCCUGAUAUGUCCCCUAAGAAAGUAUCUGCAACACACAAUGUAUACGUGUCUCCAUUGCGAACAUCCAAGAUGGAUGCUCUAAUCUCGCAUAGCUCAAGAAGCUAUUAUGCUUGUGUUGGAGAGAGUACUCGUGCCUUUCAGAGCCCUUCAAAAGACCUAACUGCUAUCAACAAUCACUUGAACAGUACCCGGAAGAUCAGAGGGGCACUCAACUUUGAUGAUGUUGAAGUUGGCUUAGUUAGUGAUUCUAUGGUUGCAAAUAGCCUUUACCUUCAGAACGGGAGCUGCGCAUCUUCAUCUGGUGCACCUUUAAAAUCCGAGCAACCCGAAUCUUAGUGGAGCACAAGUAUUCCUUGUAAAUUCUGCCUCUCUUCCCUAUUAUUAUAUUCUACGUAUGUAAGUUUAUCACACGGGGUAUUGUAUGAGCGGUGAGUUAUUGUAGAAUAGCCGCCACCUCCCCUACCUGCUUACGAAUGUUAGAUUCACUACUUGAAGUUUGGCCUAACAAAAUGAAUAAAAUGUGCCAUUUGUUUUUUUGCCUGUUUUUAGCAAAUAAUAGCAAUUUUGGUUAUCAUUUGUUGGUAUUACAUGCUCUUUCAAGGAGUAAUCUUGGUAUGUUUCAUGAGAUGUUUUAGAAGUCAAUUUCUUGUUCAACGGUGUGUCUACGACAUCAAGUAGAGGCAUCAAUUGCUAUAUGUAAAAGGGAGCAAGGAUAACUCUGUCCAGAAGAUUCAUGAAACGAUAACUAAAAGCUGUUGGAAUUGAGAGGAAUCAAUGCCAUUUUUUCAUGGAAUUGAGAGGAAGAAUAAAGAGUGGAGAAAUAGCUUUGUUUGUUGAAAAAAGAAAUGGCUGAGCAUUGUUGUGGAAGAUGAUGCCCAAGUCAAUAGAAAAAGGCCAACCUGCCAUCGAUAAACACCGCAAGUUGCCUCUUCUUUUCGAGAUUUUACGCAAGAAAAGUGGAGUUUUAACCCUCUUGAAGAGUUGGGUAGAACCCUCCCUGAUGGAAGAUUACCCAACGCAAACAUCUGCCCACAAUUUUGAACAUCUGAAUUGAUCAUCUUCCAAUUGAUUUGGAGCAGCCUGAUGGCUGAUCGUAGA